AUGGACUUUGAAUUCAUUGGAAUAGAACAAGCAGCAGAAAUUACCAAAAAGACAGAAGAGGUUGCCGAAUCAUACGCGGAAGCAUGCAAUGCCUUACGAGAAGCCUCGAAAAAAGUCAGUGAACUACAAGCAAUCUUACCGCCCGACAUGUGUAUCCGACUAUCAGAUGAAUUUGUUGGAAGUUUUCCAUUACCCGGGUUUCGAUUACCAUAUGAGAUUCGAGCUUUACCCACGCAUCUACACGUUGUUAAUGGUGAUGGUAAUGGUGUCGUUUCUCAACGUACUGCUGUUUUUGGUAAUGGUAAGGGUCAUGUUGGUUCGUCGGAUCUGAAUCAGAUAUCAAAUAGUGACAAUCGAGCAAAGAAACGUCACAAAAGGACUGACGAUAGAAAACGACCGGAACGUCAUUCACCAAACUCAGAAUCCUCGACUACGGACACAAACCAACCAAGUAAAAAUAUAAAGAGACUUCAACACCAAGAUCAAUCUCCUGUCGAAUCAAAAUCCAUAGUACUAAAAACGUCACCCACAAAAGGAAAACCGGCAAAAACCACUGUUAGUGACAUAUCUGCUACUUCCAAUACCACCACCACCGACAACAACACAACAAAUAUCACCGCCGAAGAAUCAUCAUCAACCAUAACAAAAAAGAAAAUAUCAAGCAGUGCACCAUUCACACAAGAAGAAACCACAUUUCUUAAUGAAUUUAUUGCAUGUGUGGAUAGACGACUUGCUGACAAAUUAUCACGACAGCGAGACAUCGCCGAGGAAAUACGUGCAAUGUCUAAUAACGAAUGCACAAUUUCUCAGAGUACCGUGUCGAAAAUGAUGCGACGGUUUACUGUCCCUAGGGAUCAGGUGACGUUUGCUGCUGUGCGUAAUUGGAUUGAUGCGCAACCGCCGCCUGCAGAAGUUAAACAGGAGGAGUAA